CGCACCGAUUAGGGGGUUGGUGCUGCCCAGCCCCAGGGCAGGGGACGGGAACCUAGCACUGGGAGCAUGUGACAAACGCAUAUUUUAACCCCACCCCCUGGGACUGGAUUGCCACCGAGCCGGGCAGGGAGAUCAAAGCAACAUCGGCUGCAGCCCUUCGCAAGCUCCCCUGACACAACUGCUUGCUAGGAUGGGAAGGAAACUGGAUCUUUCCAAGCUAACAGAUGAAGAGGCCAAGCAUGUCUGGGAGGUGGUUCAACGGGACUUUGAUCUGCGGAAGAAAGAGGAAGAAAGAUUGGAGGAACUGAAAUGCAAGCUUGAAAAAGAGGGCACCAAGAGGGAGCUCCUGUCCAAUCAGUCCCACCUCAACGAGACCCACUGCGUCCACUGCCUUCAGCCCUUCAAGUUCCUGGUGAACAGCAAGCGCCAGUGCUUGGACUGCCACUUCUACACCUGCAAGAACUGCAGCCGCUACAACAAAAAGGAGCAAGGCUGGAUCUGUGACCCUUGCCGCUUAUCCAGGAUUGUGAAGAUUGGCUCCCUGGAGUGGUAUUAUGAACACGUGAGAUCCCGAUUCAGGCGGUUUGGAAGUGCUAAAGUGAUGCGGUCUCUCUACGGCAGGCUACAGCCUGGGCAGAAAAUGAAUCCAACGUUGCUAGGUCUUCAUGACAGAGUUUACAGCUUGCCAGACAUCAACAGUGAGUGCCAGCUGCGUGCCGGCGGCAGGGUGCGCAGUGACAGCGAUGAGGAAGAUGACCUGGUGGAUGGAGCCGAAGCUGAGCACUAUACUAGGAUGCGCAAGACAAAGCGCCUGCUGUCUGUUCAUCCCUUUGAUUUUGAUCUGGACUCAGAAUAUUCUGCUCAAUCACGCCGUCAAUCUGUGCAGCUUUCUCAAACUCCGGUCAACCAGGAUGGCCACCAGUCAUUCCCGGAUUUCCCUGAUGCCAGCGAGGACACAUCCCGGAAGGAGACAAUGAUCGCUGAAGCAGACCUGGCUGCAGUGUUCCACCAGAUCCUUCAGGAGCAGGGACAACAUAUGACCCCUCCAGAGCAGGAGUUUAGUACCGAGGUCCGGCUGACAGUGAACUCACGAAGGAAGAGCCUGGAAAGGAAUCCCAAACCUGAUCAUAAUCCCUGCCCUGAGCCUCCAGUGACUCGAACCCGUUCUGUCCCCAAAGGCAGCCCAUGGAACGAGCGGCACCAACCUCAGUACUCACCAGAUAUGGACACCUCCGAUGAGGAUGUAAAGGGAGCCCAGAAGAUAUCUGUCUACCAGCCCUAUCACGUGAAACGCCGAAACAGAGCCUCCUCCCAGGAGAAUAUAAACCACUCUGGAAAUCAGAUAUUUGAACUCAACAAACGCAUGUCAGCUAUUGAACGCAUGCUGAACCGUCUGGAAGAAAGAAUCUUGGUGCACUCAGAAGAGUCUCCGGCCCCUGAGUCCCACACUGAUCCUGAUGUGGAAGAGGAGGAACUGAAGAGGAAGCUGGAGGAGUUAGCCAGCAACAUCAGCGACAAAGGAGUUUCUUCUGAGGAAGAGGAGGAAAAGAAAAAGGAUGAACCAAAACCCAAAUUGAGCUCCUCCAGCAGUGACCCACCCAGUGAUGCUCAGAAGGUCUGCACAACUGCUGGAAAGACAUCCGGGCUGGAUCAAACCCCAAGGGACCUAGAGGAACGUGCGCGGCACAGCGGGACCACAGACUCCGAGCUGUCAGAGCUGGAGGACAAAGUGGCAUCGGCAGCCGUGCAGAUGCAGCGUGCCGAGAGCGAGGUUUCCGAUAUAGAGUCUCGAAUCGCAGCGCUGAGUGCUGCUGGGCUGACAGUGAAACCAGUGGAAAAACCAAAGAAGAAAUACAGCACGCAGCUGUUUAUGCUCCAGCCUCCCAGGAACGUAGGUAGCGGCCAAGGAGAUCAAAGUACGGACUCUUCAGAGAUGGCAUCGCCAAAUGACUUCAAAGUAAUGUCUAUGCCACAGGUGUUAAGGAGAAAAUUCAACAGUUCCCUUGAAAUUGCCGUCGGCGACGAAUCCUUUGAUCGAAACUCCAUUUACCGAGGCUCUUUGACACAAAGGAACCCCAACGGGAAGAACAGGAAAGCAGAUCGCAUCUUCGCGAAGCCUGUGAUGACCCAUCGACCCUGAAGAAGAUGGAGCCUUACGACACUGCAAUUUUACUAACAAUGCCCGGCCUCAGCUCAGAGCUUCACCUUUAUUUCCCUCAACACAUUCCCCGAAGGGGUGGACAGAGAGGAGGAGGCAGUCCCAUGGGACAGGGAAAUCCUGCCGAGUUGUGCUUACAGAGCUCCGGCUCCACCUCGCUACCCAAGCAACCAUGUCCCAGUAAGAAACUUGCUGCCUGUUCCUGACAGGAUUUCCAGCCCACAGUGUCUGGCAAAGCAGCCCCAGCUGUUACACCACACACCCACUCUGUCUCUUCCACAAGUCUCCAUAGUUGUCAAACCAGGGUGUGUGUCAGCAUUUGAAAGCAGCGUUGUCAAGGCUGGGAGCUGCGCUCAUUUGGGCCAGAUACAUGCUGGGUGUAAUUCUAGUGGCUUCAGUGGAGUGAGUUGCUUUCCUCUUGGGUUGGUGCAGAGAAGUCAGUGAUUGGACCCAGCAGUAUUCAAGAGUUUGCAGUGGAUUUAAAGUGCCCAAUCCCCACUGCCUCGAAUGGCGUCACAUGGCUAAAACCCAGCCCAACACUUUUAAACUGUGCUGCUAGACAUUUGCAAAGGUCACUUUGCAGUUCUCCAAGUUCUGUCCAUUCACCCCUCUCCCCCCUGGGCCGGAGCGACAGAAGCUUCCUAAAAGAGGGUUGGAGGCCACCUCAGUAUUUUAAAAUGGAAACAUUUAGUUUAAGAAUGAUCCAUGUGAUUCCUCGUGUGAGUAAUAUGUCAUUGCAUUAGGCUUUGGUCACGAGCGGAAGCACCGAACCUCUGCAGAUACGUCCUGCAGUCACUUCAUUGCACUGUCAGUGAGCAGGACCCAGAGCUACCACAUCACAGAAAAUUCUGUGCUUUUGGGCAUUUUUACCAUUCUGAAAUGGAACAAAACAAAAUAUUUUAUCUCCAGCAGAACCAAAUUCCAAAAAAAGGUUGGGGGUCAAUCAAAACGUUUCAUUUCAAUAAAACUGAAACCUUUAAUUCCCAUUUCGAUCUCAAAACUUUCAAAUGUUUUUAGAUAAAAAAGGGGUUUUUUGAAAAAGUCAUCUUGAACUGAAAAAUGAAAAUGUUCUAGUCCCAAUGUGUCAAAAUUGGAUGUUUCAACAUUUUUAAAAUGCUUCUUGGGAUGUGGAGAAAAUUCAUCAAAAUCGACAUGUUUUUCAAAACAUUCUGAUUUGACAAAAUUUGCAUUUUGGGGGUAAAAAAAACAAAUUUUGAUGAAAAUUUUCCAACUAGCUGUAGUUGUGACCGACUAAUAGUAUUUGUAUCCUCAGCCUACUGUUCUUAUUCUCUUGGACAUGAGAGCUGAAAUGAACCAAUGUGACUUCUCCGCAGCUGCUGCCUCAUUUUUAGUAGAAUUCAUGUAGAAGCUACUUAAACGCUCAGAUUCCCUUCAUGAUCCUUUAGAAGUCAUUUCCAUUCUCACUGCUAUAGUCCAAGCUGAGAUCCUGAGCUCUCUUUAAAUUGGCAUAUGGCUAGGUUGUUCCAAGAAAUAAGUAUAAUUAUCUCUGUUAGAAACCAACUUCUAGCCACAACCAUGUCAUCACAGCACCCUGCAAAUAAAUUAAAUGACCAGUUGUAUAUAUCUCGCCACUGAGCUGACAUCAAGCAUAACCCAGUGACCCAGAUCCUCAGCUGGUGUAAGGCAACUCAGCUGAAGUCAAUGCAAUGAUGCAGAUUUAUACCAGCUGAGGACCUGGCCUGGUGAUUUUUUAAAGCCACAGUACAGUACCACCUUGACUAUAAACACAUCCUCUGCUAUGCGCAGUGUGAUGGGUUGGAUCACAGAAACCCCCUUGGGAGCUGCCACCUGAUGUGCCAAGACUACUUCUGCCCCUGUUUUCCCUGCCAGCCUGGGACUCCAGCAUCUUGUCUUGUUGAGCCAGACACACCGGUCUGCUCCAACACAGACCCAGGGUCUGAAGCACGUGCCCCAAAGCUGCAGAGUUAAUUGAAAGCAGCUUACAAAAGUGUUCCUGUCUUGAACACUCAGAUGCCCAAUUCCCAGUGGGGUUCAAACCCCAAAUAAAUCCAUUUUACCCUGUAUAAAACGUAUAUCGGGUAAACUCACAAAUUGUUCGCCCUCUAUAACACUGAUAGAGAGAGAUGCACAGCUGUUUGCCUCUUCCCCCCACCUCCCCUGGUAUUAAUACAUACUCUGGGUUAAUUAAGUAAAAAAAGUGAUUUUAUUAAAUACAGAAAGUAGGAUUUAAGUGGUUCCAAGUAGUAACAGACAGAACAAAGUGAAUUACCAAGGAAAAUAAAAUAGAACACGCAAGUCUAUGUCUAAGAAAACUGAGUACAGAUAAAACCUCACCAGUUCCAGUAAACUUCCUUUUACAGACUAGUCUCCUUCUGGUCUGGGUCCAGCAAUCACUCACACCCCCUGUAGUUGCUUUCCUUUGUUCCAGUCUCUUUCGGGUAUCCUUGGGUGUGGAGAGGCUCUCUCUUUAGCCAGUUGAAGACAAAAUGGAGGGGUCUCCCAGGGGUUUAAGUAGACUGUCUCUUGUGGGUGGACACCGCCUCCUCUCUCCUAUGCAAAGUCCAGCUCUAAGAUGGAAUUUUGGAGUCAUAUGGGCAAGUCACACGUCCCUGCAUGACUCCAUUUUUACAGGCAGCAGCCAUGGCUUACCUGCUACCUUGAACGUCCUCGUGUAGACUUCUUAUGUGGAUUGGAGCCUCCCAAGAUCCAUUGUCUCUUAAGUGCUUCUUGAUUGGGCACUUAACUUGCACAGUCCUUUCUCAAGAAGCUGCUCAAACGCUUUACAGAGGCUACUUAGAAAUCAAGCAAGUAUACAGCCAGUAUUCCUAACUUCAAGUACAAAAAUGCUACAUGCAUACCAAUAGGAGGAGUGUAUUCAGUAGAUCACAACCUUUACAUAGAUAUGUUACAUGGCAUGUGUAGCAUAAAACAUAUUCCAGUUCUAUCAUAUAUACAGUCAUGAGCAUAUUCCCACGAAGCAUGGGGUUCACCGUCAUCCGCAGUUCCACCUUUAGUUCAGUACCAGUCUGUCAGAAUCUCAUGACAAACCUCGGCAAUGUAAAAUAAGACUCUAGCUUUCAGGCCAUUUUAUUUAUCUGCUUUCAUCCGCCUCUGUCUCUAUAUAUCUGUACAUAUGUUAAGUCUUACAAUAAAGCCAAUUUUGUGGUAGGAGAUCCUAGCACCCCAUUUUGCA